GACGGUGCACAUGAACCUGCCAUGAAUGGCCAACUACCAUUAGUGAAACAAGCUAUGCUUAUUAUUCAAAGUAGCCAGUCCCCACGGCAUCACCUAACUCCCUUGCCAAAAAAAGCUCUAAGCCGAACAGCAGACCGUGAAGCCGAAACCAUGGCGCCAGGAGAAGCGGAGGAGGGCCAAACUCAGCCGGAGAGAAGGCCUAGAAUAAUCUGCCUCCACGGCUUCAGAACAAGCGGCAAGAUCCUCCGGACGCUGGUCGAGAGGUGGCACGAGAGCAUCCUUCAGAAGCUCGACCUUGUCUUCCUCGACGGGCCCUAUCCUGCCCAGGGAAAAUCCGCGGUCGAGGGCAUCUUCGACCCCCCCUACUACGAGUGGUUCCAGGCCAAUGAGGAUUUUACGGAGUACGCGAACUUGGAGGAGUGCCUUAGGUACAUUGAAAGCUACAUGUUGGAAAACGGGCCUUUCGAUGGCUUUCUCGGGUUUUCGCAGGGAGGGCUUCUAGCAGCUGCCUUGCCUGGAAUCCAAGCACAGGGAUUGGCCCUUACGAAAGUUCCAAAGAUCAAGUUCUUGAUCAUUAUUUCUGGAGCUAAGUUCGGAGGGUCGAAAUUUGGGAUGCCACCGAUAGCUGCAAACGCCUUCUCAUCUCCCAUUCGUUGCCCUUCCCUCCAUUUUAUCGAGGAUCAGACGAGUUUUAUGAGCUCGGAGGGAAUCGCACUGCUGGAUUCAUUCGUGGAACCUGUCGUGAUUCAUCAUGCACAAAAACACACGGUCCCAAGACUCGAUGAUCGAAGCGAGGAGACGAUGCUUCGCUUCAUUGAGAAGAUUACUAACAUCUAGGAGUAAAUCAAUAGAGAGAAGACUAGUCUCUCUAGAAUUUGCAAUUCAUAUCGGGGUUUCCGUAUAAUGUCACGGACUAAUGUCGUCUUUUUAUAUUUCUGCAUGUGAUGCAGCAGAGAAGUUGCCAUAAGAUUUUCACCGCAUGUGUGGCCUGAAAUAGCAAUCAAGCAUAAUAAAACCCGUCGAAAAACUCAAGAUCUCUUGUGAAUUUUGUCGAACUAUUGGUCUCUAUGCUUUAGUGUCAAGUUCACCUAA